GUGUGCGUGGGGGCAGCCAAACUUCCUGUCCCGCGCUCGAGCUGCUUCCGGCAGGAGCCGGAAGACGCUGUGUGUGGACGGAAUUCGGGACCGAUUGACCCACGGGCGGCUGCCGGGGACGUAAGGCUAAAUUGAUUACCCACCCAGCACAGCAUCUUACAGGAAAAGCAUAGCAUGUCCUAGAGGAAUAUGAGCAUAAACAGGAAGGUGUUGUUGACUUUGAAUUAAAAUUUUAACUUGUCCCCUGAACAGCUAUAGGAUUUGGAAGCUGAAUCAAUGUUAUCAGAUGAGUUAGAAUCCAAACCAGAGCUCCUGGUACAGUUUGUUCAGAAUACAUCCAUCCCAUUGGGACAGGGGCUAGUAGAAUCGGAAGCUAAAGACAUUACUUGCUUGUCCCUCCUUCCAGUGACUGAGGCCUCAGAAUGCAGUCGGCUAAUGUUACCAGAUGAUACUCCAAAUCAUACUAACUCCUCCAAGGAGAUCCCUCCUUCAGCUGUGUUAAGAAGCCUUCAGGUGAAUGUGGGCCCAGAUGGAGAAGAGACAAGGGCUCAGACUGUACAGAAGUCCCCAGAGUUUCUGUCCACUCCAGAGUCCCCUAGCCUGUUGCAAGAUCUACAGCCAAGUGAUAGCACUUCUUUUAUUCUUCUUAACCUAACAAGAGCAGGUCUGAGCUCUUCAGCCGAGCACUUAGUAUUUGUACAAGAUGAGGCAGAGGAUUCAGGGAAUGAUUUCCUCUCCAGUGAGAGCACGGACAGUAGCAUUCCAUGGUUCCUCCGGGUUCAGGAGUUGGCCCAUGACAGUCUGAUUGCUGCUACUCGUGCACAGCUGGCAAAGAAUGCAAAAACCAGCAGCAAUGGAGAAAACGUCCACCUUGGUUCUGGUGAUGGGCAACCCAAAGAGUCCGGGCCCCUUCCUCAAGUGGAAAAGAAGCUCAAGUGUACAGUUGAAGGUUGUGACCGGACGUUUGUGUGGCCAGCUCACUUUAAGUACCACCUCAAAACUCAUCGAAAUGACCGCUCCUUCAUCUGCCCUGCAGAAGGUUGUGGGAAAAGUUUCUAUGUGCUGCAGAGGCUGAAGGUGCACAUGAGGACCCACAAUGGAGAGAAGCCCUUUAUGUGCCCCGAGUCUAGCUGUGGUAAGCAGUUCACUACAGCUGGGAAUCUGAAGAACCACCUGAGGAUCCACACAGGAGAGAAGCCUUUCCUUUGUGAAGCCCAAGGAUGUGGCCGUUCCUUUGCUGAGUAUUCCAGCCUCCGAAAACAUUUGGUUGUUCACUCAGGAGAGAAGCCUCAUCAGUGUCAAGUCUGUGGGAAGACUUUCUCUCAGAGCGGGAGCAGGAACGUGCACAUGAGAAAGCAUCACUUGCAGAUGGGAACAGCUGGGAGUCAAGAGCAGGAGCAAACUGCUGAGCCACUAAUGGGCAGUAGUUUGCUUGAAGAGACUUCAGUACCCAGUAAAAACCUGGUGUCUGUGAAUCCCCAGCCCAGCCUUGGUGGAGAGUCCUUGAACCUACCAAAUACCAAUUCCAUCCUAGGAGUUGAUGAUGAGGUGCUUGCUGAAGGAUCCCCACGUCCCCUGUCUUCAGUGCCUGAUGUGACACAUCACUUGGUGACCAUGCAGUCAGGGAGGCAGUCCUAUGAGGUUUCUGUGUUAACUGCCGUAAAUCCACAAGAGUUACUAAACCAAGGAGAUUUAACUGAAAGGCGGACAUGAGCAUGGGUACUGCAUCCUGAAGAGCAGCUCUAUCCGAUCCCAGUGAGCAUACAGUGGGAACAACUUGCUUAUGGCUCACAAUCUGCCAGAAUCCAAAUGGAUCUGUGAAUGACAAGACCCUGCUUUUUCCUCUGUGCAUCUCCCCUGGCAAAGAAGAUGAAUGCAAGAGAGCUUCUCUUCAGACUCUCAUCUGACCCAGAAAAGGAAGAAAGCAGGGAAUGUGGGCUAGGUAACUGUACCUACCUCUCUUCCCACUGGAAAAUUUGGGGAUGGACUUCUCCCAAAAAAUGAAUUUGAUUAUGUUUGGCUGACGUAUCUCAGUAUAACUAUUGAGAGGAGAUUUUCCUAUGAAGAGCUACCAUCCCAGCCUCUGCUGUCAUAUCACGUGGAUGAACUAAGUCCUGCCACCAACCAUAAAACUUCACCAGGAAGUUGAGCUUUCAAGAUGCCUUGUUGCUUUGGAGAAGGGAGUGAUGUCAGUUCUGUUGUGAUAUUCUCCCUUUAGCAACCUGAGUAAGACACUCUCCGCCAGUGGGCUGCAAACAAAUAAAUUACUUGAAUCCCUACUUGGCCCAGGCUGAGGUACUAUCUUGUCCCAUACACCUCUACUUAGUCACUUUGCUUCUUUGUUCAUGGAACAUACAGUAGCAUGUUUAAAGGGCUUUUUUUUUUUUUAAGUUAAAUCACAUGAUUCAGAACUACAGUUGUUUUCCCUUUAAAUAAACAAAAUAGCCCAGUCAGUUCUUUGGAUUGUUUUUAGACAGAAUUUGUUCUCUUAGAAGAUUAAGAAAGUAGUUCAGUCUUCACCUUUAAGAUAAGGUAUUGAUUUACCCUUAGGAUUCCAUGCAGGUAAGACAGCUCAGGAGUCUUGGGGAACAUGACAUGAAUAUCUUCAUCUCUAACUACCAAACCCAGAUGAUAGCUAUUGCCCAAGUGUCACUCUGUCCUCACCAGAAAGAACCAUGACAGUCUGGAAAAUUAGCAAUGAAUUUUCCCAGAAAGU